CUUAAUCCACUUCUAUUAUUUACGUGUCGUUAGUUCUUUUGGUCAUUUCAUGCCGAUUUUCUGAGAGAAAUUACAAGAUAACAACCGAAUACUUGCUCUUCUCAUACCAAACCACAGCAGGAAACCAUCAUGAAGUGGUUUGAAGGACAAAUUUCAAAUGCCGUUGCUCAGGCCAGACAACAGAGAAGUGUAUUUAUGGUUUACAUUAGAGGAUCAAAUGAGGACUCAGAGAAAAUGGAUGCAACGUGGGAGGAAGAAACUGUAGACAAAAGCUGUCAAGAAGCAGGGAUUGUUGUCCUGAGACUCCAAGCAGAUAGUGAGGAGUGCAAGCAGUUUUCUGUAUAUUAUCCUGUUAUUUGUGUUCCCUGCGUUUAUCUCAUCGCCGGUGAGACUGGAGUUUUGAUUGAGAGCAUUGCAGGGUUCGCUACAUCUUCAGACUUAGUGCAGAAAAUCAAGAAAGUCCAUGAGACAAUGAAACAGGCCCAGUCUGCAUCACCACCUGCUGAGCAACCUGCCACCGCACCACAAGUUGCUGCAGUCACUCCUGUGCAACCAAGUAGCACACCAGAGGUAUCAUCUGCAGCAGCCUCAUCAUCCUCAUCUGGUAGUCAGAAGGAGAGUGCUCAAGAAAGAGCAGCCAGGAUGAGACAGAAGAUGGAGGAGGUUCAUCGGAAGAAGGAACAGCAGAGGAAAGAGGCUGAGAAGCAAAAGGAGCUUGAACGACGCAAGGUAGGACAAGAAAUUCAGAAGGCUGAUCAAGGCCGAACUGAGCUACAGGCCAGAAAGGCAGCAGAUGAUCUUCGCAAGGAACGCCUUGAUGACAAAUUAGCCAGGGAAAAGGUUCUCCAGCAGCUAGCAAGAGAUAAGGCAGAGAAAGAGGCUAGAUUCAGAACAGAGAAAGAGAAGAGAGAACAGCAGAAGAUGCAAGCUCAGAAGGAGAAGGAAGAAACAUUGAAAGCAACACAGGCCCAAAAGGAAGCUGCUAAGCUGGAUACAGCCAUGAUACAGUUCCGACUACCAGAUGGUUCCACUAUGACCAAUCAGUUUGAUUCCAAAGCACCCCUUCAAGAAGCUCAAGAUUAUAUCAAACAGAAUGUUGGAGCAGCCCUGCCUGAGUUUACUCUAUCAGUGACAUACCCAAGGAGGAACUUUGGACCCAACGACAUGCAGACAACGUUCCUUGAUCUUGGUCUAGCUCCUAGAGCAGCAAUAGUUGUACUGCCAGGGAGAUUAACACCUACAACAUCGGGCCAGUCCAGGUCCCAGGUAUCUGCAUCCAGUGACGGUGGCCUCGUCUCCUGGGUCCUCGCUCCAUUCCUAUUCGUCUACAACAUCAUCUACAACGUCAUCUUUGGUUCUCCGGAGUCAACCUCCAGCCCCCAGCCUAGCCCGUCACCCUCACAGAGCCCCGUCGGGCCGGAAUCCCCCGCUGGAGAUAGGAGUAGUAGAGGCGCAGGUGCUAGACCAAAAAGUUCAUACGCGAGGAGGAGAACACCAGCUUCUGGAAGUAAUGCUGAUAACUUUUCUCGCCAAGAGGGCAAUGUUCAUCGGUUAAACACACAACAAGAAGAUGAUGAUGAAAAUAACACGUGGAAUGGAAACUCUACCCAGCAAAUGUAGCCUGAAAUAAAUUGAAAAUAAUUUCCAGUAAUAUACCGUGCUUAAGCCACAUUCAUAUAAACCCAAAGAUUUAUUAAUAUGUUUAUUAAAAAAAAGAAUACUGUAAGCACGUAUUUUAAUGGUGCAAUAAUUCAUUUUCAUCACAAAUUGCUGAUUGGUUGAGCACCAUAUAUGUGUGCUUUGUUUCAACAUUUUGCCGAUUGUAAUCCUGGGAAUAAAACUACUAGGUAAAUGACAAUUUUAAUCGGUUCAUUUCUGAAUAAAAAAAUAUUUGAUUGUAGAGAUUAGAUGUGUAUUGGCUAUUUUACAUUUCUCAAAACUUUGUUCAAGCUUUCAGCAAGUCAUAAUAUGCCAACUUGUUCUGCUCUUGAGUAUCGUAAUUUAAGUUUUGAAAAUAUGAAUUCACAUGAAUAUUCAAAAUACAUGUAUGUGUAGAGUUUCUGAAAUGUACAGACUUUGGUUGCCAUUACAACAAUAUGAAAGGGAACUCUGUUGAAAAUCAAGACAUAUGUUGCUUUAAUAGGUCAUGACAAAUAGUGUAUAUUUUAUGCAGUGGUGUUGAAGAUGAGAGAGGCUUAUAAAUGGUACAGUAUAUAUAAAUAUACAGUGGACAUUUUGUGUUGUAUGUCUACUCUAAAGUGCAUCUUUUUAUUAUUACUCUCUAUAAUGAGCUUUCAUCUUUGGACUUCACAAAUCAACAAUUUCGAAGCAGCAUUAUACAAUAGUAGUGAUUAGUGAAAUACAUGUAGCAUGGUACAUACUCUGGAGUUUCCCUUUUAAAAAAUAAAUUCAGCCCUUAAAUCUUUUACCUUACACAUGCCUUAAGCUGUUGCAUAUGAUUUGAUUUUACUGUAACAUAAUGUUUCAUAGACUACCACCCCAAUUUGUUUAUUUUUAAGUUUUAAUAAGUUAACUCUUCAUUCCCUGCCUCAUGAAUCCCUAGAAUGUAACAUUCUGUGGAAUAUUACGUUUUAUAUGUGUCACAAAAAUCAAGGCGACAGUCCACUAUUUGUCCCAUUAAUUGACCAAAGAGGGUUAAGAGGUCAUAGACUCAGAUUUGUAUUCUGUUGGGGAGAUAUUUCUGCAUUUUGUUUAAAUCACAUUUCAUUUAUUGGCAUGCUUUAUUAGUUAAAUAAUAAGAAUGUACAUGGCCUGGCCCCCUUCUGAUGAAGCUAAUUCAGUACACAAGGUGAUGGUCGGAUCCCGUUGCCAAAUGAGAAGUCACUCGGUUGUUACCAUAAAGUGCAUUGUCAUUUAUUUUAGGGUGGGGAUUAGUCAUGAAGGGCAAGAACUGCUGACAUAGAAGUCGUCUGGAGCCAGAAGGUCGUUAACUCAUAUGCUUCAAGACAGAGUUAAUGCCUUUCUGGCACUGAGUAGACAUGAAGUCACAUCAUAUCACUCCAAGGUAUGAUUAGCAGAUUAUGACCAUUCAAAACAAGUAGAGAUACCAUCUGAUGAUUUAGAUAUUAUAUUGAAGGUAAACAAGACCGUUCUUGUCUUGUAUUUGUAUUUGUUAUUAAGUUUGAUUUAAAUGUUUAAUCUAUUGAAGGGAAAUGGCCUGUGUAUAUCUUGCGAAGAAAGAUUAAAUUGACUUUGAAAUUA